AUGCAGGCGACAAUCGCACGGUUACUUGGGCGAUUCCAAACCAGCGCGGGGGACGCAGCACGAAUCCGUCCGUCUAGCUCGACCACUAGUACCACCUUGGAUGUAAAAUUUGACAUUUUCAGAAAACGCUUGUCCGAAUCUUACGUCUCCAAUCUGAACCACAUCAAGCCUCUCGCUUGGCACGAAAAGUUCUCUCUUGAUCUUUCUGACGUUCUUUUAGAACUUGAACUUGUCUCUUUAACACAAGAUGGUGAGGAUGAGUGUGAAAAUCAUCAGCCUCUGUCCUCUAUCUUUGAGUUGUACAAAAAGAUUCUGAAAUCCCCACGAUGUGUGUUGUUAGAUGGUCCGUUGGGAUCUGGAAAGUCCACGUUACUGUCAACAAUUGCAGUGAACUGGGGACUGAACCAAAGACAUUGGGCUGAGAGAUUCGAUUACGUUUUCUUUAUACGUCUCCGAGAGGUUGAAGCGGGAGAAACCAUUGAAGACAUAGUUUUGAGCCAGUGUCUACAACCAUCGCGACAUGAGGGCACUGACCGAGAGGCCAUUGACUUCCUCUUACACAGGAGUAAAGCUAGAAUCCUGUUCGUACUCGACGGAUACGACGAGCUUCGCGCAGACUGCAAGAAGAAGACAGAUGCUAUUCCGAAUUUGCUGUCCGGGAAGAUCUGCAAGAAGACUCAUAUCCUAGUCUCAUCGCUGCCCUCUAGCGGAAUAGAGGAGUACUGCAAGGUAGACCAACACGUGUCGGUGACUGGUAUUUCGAAGGCCAACGUCGCGCCUUGCAUAGAACGAUAUUUCAAUGCGUGUUCGCGCCCAGAACUUGCCCUUGAACUUCAAUCAGCUCUCCGUGACGCAUACACCAUACCUGACGACCUUCUAAAAUCACCCAUAUUCCUCAUGCUUCUUUGUUUGGUGUGGGAAGAAUCGUCAAAUAGGUACAGAGUGUUGUCCAACAGGAUGACGCUGACCGGACUGUACAAAGAAAUGGUGACUAGCGGCGUCACACGGUACUGCAGGUGGAAACACAUCGACACGGUCGUACACGAAGACGACAUACCACAUGAUAUAUCCGAUAGUCUAAACACCAUUGGCAAGACAGCGCUAGAAGGUCUAAGAACGCACAGAAAUUACUUUGAUGUGAACGAGGUGACAUCCAAUGGCCGGGAUGUUGACUUAUUCUUGAGGCUAGGAAUGGUGUCGAGAGCAUCCUCUGUUUCAAAACGCCAUUCUCAGCGAGAGAGGAUAAGUUUUAGCCACAAAACUAUGCAAGAGUUUCUCGCAGCCAGGUAUAUGGCGGUCUCCCAAAGCUGUUCACAGUCAGACAUACAAGCACUUAUUCCCACCAUAGAUGCUUCGCUCGAGUACAGAACUUUGCUGCAAUUUCUGUGUGGCUAUAACGAACAAGCUACCGUCGUGGUGUUCCAGCAACUAUGCAAACUGUACAAGACAUUUCCUCGGGGGGUUUUUAGAGAGGACUAUUACGACAGUACCCUUGUGGGGGAAACAGCAGUAACCUAUAGAGACUACGUGAUUAUGUGCCUGUUCUGUUUGCGCGAGAGUCAAUGCAUGUAUACCGUUGCCAAAAUGAUGUCCCCGGUGUUUCAUUCCGUCAGCCUUCGCCUCAGCGCCUCCUGUCGACUUAGCACCGCACUGCAGCACCUUCUCCAGGUGGCGGGCAGUGACGUCAGGCAGCUGAAGAUCUGCUUCCCAAAUCCUGGGGACGACGCCGCCGCCAGCUACGUGACGUCAUUACUGUCGCGCUCGUUCCCACGCCUCCAGCUGGACGUCAGACUGUUCCACUGCCAGGUGGGGGCGGACAGGAUGGGGAUUUUGGCGGCGAGGCUCAGAAGCGCCCCCUGUCUGAUGACCUUGUACCUGGAGGGCACGCGACUCGACGACGAAGCCGCCGAGGCGCUGGCGCAUGCGCUGUUCUACGUGCCCCUGCUAGAAGAGCUCGAACUCUCGAACAACCAGAUCGGCGACUCGGGAAUGACCGCCAUCUCUAAGGAGAUCCACAACGUGCCGAACUUGACCUUCCUCGGUGUCAACGACAACGACGCGGGGGACGCUUCCAUCGUUGCAAUGGCGACCAAACUGAAGCACGUCCCUCGUCUCCGGGAGUUGCGUUUUGGCGGGAACACCCUUUCGGCGUCAGGGAUCAGAACGUUCUUUGCAGUCAUCCCUAAAAUGCAGAACCUGGACACGUUGGACUUAUCUUCGUCCAGUAGAGACCCCGCCAGAAUGGACGCAAAGACGGUGACCUCUCUUGUUCAGGCCUUCCCGAGACUGCCUGCACUUGUUAUACUCAAGUUACAGAACAUAAGCAUGAAGAAAUCUCAACUGGAGAAGAUCAUGAAAGCUGCAGAGGAACGUACCAUGCUUCAUAAGAUUUGGUGCUCCAAGAACCUGGUUGCAGACGUGUCAAGAAUCCGUAUACAGUCUAGAAUUACACUAAAUUAGUAAUCUGUUGCUAUGGCAACUACUACUGAUGUUGGAUUACAUCAUGUUGCAAUUUUAUAGCAGGAGGGAUUUAGACUCCUGUCUGACCAUAUAUGUGAAGGUGUUUGAGUAAGACUUAACAGAGCAGACCAUACGUGAAGGUAAACAUUAUGCACUUGCCUUGCAAAUGUUGCCUUUCUAGUUAAUUUUGUAUUCAUAACAAUGUUUUUUUAGAAAAAAAAACACCUACUCCUGCGUCACAGUCGAAUUACCUGGUUCAAACCUGUCCAACCGGCUUGUAGACAACGCGACUAUACCAUUCUAGUAUGGGGGUUCAUUUAAACAGCAGUCGUCGG